AUGCGUUCACCAAUAAUAUCCAACAGUUCGUCAUCGUCAUUUCCAUCGACAAGCCUAACCUCAUUUCCAUUGGAAAGAAAGCUUAAAAAGCCAUUAAUGGAAAAAAGGCGUAGAGCUCGAAUGAAUGAAUGCUUGGAACAGCUGAAACAAUUGUUAAUGAAUGCAACACCACAUCAACGAUCAAAAUUUGAAAAAGCAGAUAUUUUGGAGAUGACCAAGUUCAACGACAAUCAUUUUUGGAUGGUUUUUCGAUGGCCACAUUUGCAUGUUUGGAAUUUAUGCAGAAUACUGUAA